CAGGAUUACACGCCAGUGAGUAUCAUUUUAUCUGUAAUUUCCUAGUAAACCUUAGCUUUGGUUUUGUUUGUUUUGUUAAAAGUGUUAAAUGUUAAAAUAGUUAUAAUCGGAAAAGGAAAACUUUUGAUGAUAACCAGACCAUGGCAGAUAGAGCUGGAAACAAGUACUCUGUAUUCGUGGAUAAGGUCAAACAAUGGAAAUCUUACUACGAUAAAGAAGGCAUACCAGGACUAGUAAAACACUUUCAGACAAAUUUAAACGAAUGGAAGGAUGUCCACAUCAAAGUUGCCGUAACAGGGAGAUCAGGAGCCGGAAAGUCAUCCUUUAUCAAUGCUAUAAGGGACGUUGAUGCAGAUGAUGAUCAGGAGGAGGAUGAUGAUCGUAAACCUGCGGGAGUAGGUGUUACAGAAUGCACUACUGAGGUUCAAGAUUACAUUUACCCUGGUAAUAACCAGUUCCGGUUAUACGAUCUGCCAGGAGUGGGCACUCAGAAAUUUCCGCAAGCAACCUAUCUUAAGGACGUUGACUUCGAAAAGUACGAUUUGCUUAUAAUCAUCACCGAUACAAGGUUUAUGAAUGAAGAUCUCUGGCUGGCUCAGCAGGCGGUCGAAUGUCAUAAACCGUUUUAUUUUGUACGCUCUAAGAUAGAAAACGAUAUUCGAAAUGACAAGCAAGCCCAUCGGAAAACACAUAACGAAGCUGCCCUGUUGAAAAAAAUAAGAGAAGACAUGGCGUCGAACUUAAAAAGUUUUGACGUGAAGGAUAUUUUUCUUAUCGACAACUACGACACACAGUCAUAUGACUUUGGACUUUUAACGACAAAAUUAAUUCAAGAGGCUAAUGAGAUGAAACGAGAAGCUAUAGUUUUUUCCUUGGCAUGUCUCUCAAGGGUGGUUAUUGAAGAGAAGAAGAAACAUCUUGAACGAAGAAUCCCAAUGGUAUCUACCUUUGCUGGAAUUGUCGCCAGUAUGGCAAAUACUUCGUUUAAGAAUCCCUCAGAAUCUAGUGUUGUAUCAAGAGAAAUAAAAUUUUACGGCGAACAGUUCAGAGUCGAUACAGCAUCCUUAAACGUUGGAGUUGAAGUGUGUGAUCUUUCUGAAGAUGAUAAAGAAGCGGUUGACGCCAAGAUGUACUCUCAUGAUAAAACUAUGUAUGAGAACUUGAAGCAGUCACUGUUUCAUAUGACAAAUUACAUACCUGUAGUUGGCAACAUUGCUCUUGGCAUAAAAUGUGCAUAUUACUUACAGGAAUGUCUUGAUGAAACUGCUGAACGAGCUGUAGAAAUACAUGCGUUAAUGACAGAAAGUUUCGCAAAGAAAUGCAUGACGUAAUUCAUGGCUUUAUGGCUGUUCCAGACAAUGUAGUUCGCAGGGAACAUUACCAAAGGUACAAAAUAUGCAAAAUAUUUACUUUGAAAAUUAUUUGAUGAAACUGCUAAGCGAGCAGUAGAAUUACAUGACCUCAUGACUAAACCUCUGCCAAAGAUCUACAUGUACACAUCUUUACUCGAAAUUCAUGGCUAAUGACUAUUUCAAACAAUAAAACCAGCUGGUAGCAUUAUCAUAAAUGUUAAAAUGUGCAAAAACAUAGAGAAAUGCCUCGAUGAAACUGCUGAAUUCGCGGCCUAAGGAAUGAAAGUCUCGCAAUGAAAUACACUUCGUAACACGAAAUACAUGCAAUACGAAAACGAAAAAACAAAACAAAAACAAAGUGAUGUACCUAUAGAAUGACGUUAGAUCCUACUUGACAAUGCGCAUCUUAUAUAUCUGGAUGAAGUAUCUUGAUUAUAUUAUGUACAUGCAGUUUAGCUCAUUUUGGGUACAACCAAUUUUGAAUUAACUGUUUCCAGUCAUAUGCCGAUGUGACUUUAUCCGAGUGAGAAUUUUUGAAUAAUUCAAUAGUCUGUGCAUCUUGCGGUACGCUAUAGACUUCUUUGUGAUUUCAAACUUGUUUUAAGGUUCGAAUCAUGUGUCAUUAGUAAUUAAAUGGUUUUGAAGAUAGUUACUCGGCAUAAAGAAACAUUAUACGUCAUAUUUUUGAAAACGUGUGGAAAGGUGAGCCGAGAGAGUUCCAGAGACAGUGUAUUUGUGUCAUUUUCUUGUGGGGACAACGGAGUGGGAUUUUUCUACCUGUUCACCGGUUUUCAAACCCGGAAGCAAGUUCAGUAAAGACUAUUUGACAGAGGGUUAUUGAGUUUGGAAUGACAAAGGCAGGUUGUACUUUAUAGAAAACUGCCAGUGUAAGAUUGUUUUGGACAUUUUUCACAAGAAAAGAGAACUUUUUGAUGAUUUUUCAGACUUUGUAUUGUCAAAGUGAGUGAAACUGUGUUUGAACAAUGGGCUCAAAAGGUAAAUCAAUAUCGGAUGUUAUUGAUGUUAGUGAAGAUGCCCAAGAAUAUGUAAACUCAAUAAUGAGCAGUCAGAUUAUUACCCGUGUAGACAAUCCUACAAACACUUCUCGCAAACGGCAUCAUUCUGAAGCUGGUAUCCUGUCUACUUCAAAGAAGGCGCGUAAUUUGACGGUGGAUGAAGUUGAUCAAUCUGAUCGUAUAUCUAAAAGACAAUUGGCUAAAGCUAAAAGAAAUCUGUAUAAUAAGGACACUGAUACUCCUGUAAAACCACCUAGUGUUGUUGUUACAGAUGCCGAUGUCCAUGUUAGUACAGAUCCUACCAUUCAACAAUUAAUAAGUAAACUUUCUUCAGACAUGCACAUGUACUUUAAUUGUUUGACAGAAAGGAUGGAUAAACUCGAAUCAGGACUUGAAGCCAAAAUUUCCAACAAAGUUUCGCAAAUAUUGGACAAGAGAAUUAAUAAUGAAGUUAAAAAGAUUCACAAGGAAGUUGAUGAUUUUAAAUGUUCAUUGAAAGAAGACAUUGCGGAGGAAUUUGAGGAAAUCAACGCUAGACUGGACAGUCUCUCAAAUUCAGAUGUCGGCAUGAGCGGGGAGAACAGUAUUGGUUUAAACGUUGUGAUACGGGACCUACCGGAACAUUCAUCGGAGGAUGUGAAAUCUAAAGUUGAUUCUCUCAUUAAAGAUGGUAUUAAAGUAAAUGUUACUUGUGAAAAUGCUGAAAGAAAAGAGUCUAAAAUAGAAGGCAAACCAGGUGUUGUGAUUGCAAAAUUCAAAAGUUACAGUGAUAAGAUGAAAGUUAUGUCUAAAAAGAGGGAUCUAGUGAAAAAUAAGAAAUACGAAAAUAUUUAUAUUAAUCAUGACCAGACAAAAGCUGAGAGGCAAAUGGCACAAAAUUUUAGAACUAUUCUAGGCGUAAUGAAAAAUAGUGGUGUUAAAAUGAUCGGUUCUCGUGUAGUGCGGUCCUCAUCAGAUCAUGAUAGAUCUAGGUAUAGCUCCUAUGACAGGUCUAAUUCUCAGGAGGAUGCGGGAAACCGGGGAAGAGAUUUCUACCAUCGCAGGAACCGUGAUAGUGACAGAGGCUUCAGUAGUGGAAGCCGUGAUAAUGAUUUCCAUAGCCGUGGAGAUCAAAGAAAUAGAACUGACUCUGUUAAUUUUUCAGGUAGUCGUGGUGAUCAGACAAAUAGAACUGACUCCUUUAAUUUUUCAGGUAGAGGUAGUAGACAUGGCAACAGUCAACAGAAUGGUAGCUACAGAAAACGUUAUGAAAAGCAAUGGAACAAUUCACAACGCCGUUAGAUUUCAAUCGGGUUUUGGAACGUUAGGGGAUGGGCAAUGAAUAAAGACAGUGAUAGUUUUAAUUUACGUGCUUUUAGUGUUUUUAUGAAAAGUGUUGAUAUUUUAGGUCUAGCUGAGACUCACCUUUUAAAAGAUAAUGUUAUAAAUAUAGAAGGUUACACUUGGUUUGGUUUUAAUCGUGCUGAUAUACAUAAAAACGCUAGAACAGGUUCGGGAGGUGUUGGUUUUUUAAUAAAAAAUGAACUCUGUGAAUUAUUUGAUGUGUGUAUUUUUGAGAAAGCUUAUGAAGGUAUUCUUUGGCUAAAAUUAACUCAUAAAACUGAUAAAUUUACUAUCUUACCCUGUGUUUGUUACCUCCCCCCAGAAAACUCUUCAAGAUAUUUUGAUGUGCAUUCCUUUUUUGAUCAGUUACUAACUGACGUUUACCGUUUUCAGAAAGAAGGCCUGAUCUAUAUCUGUGGAGAUUUCAAUAGCAGAGUAGGUGAUUUGGAAGAUUUUAUACCAGGUGUUGAUUUUAUCACUGAGCGUCAAGUUAUUGAUUUUAAACGAAAUUCAUACGGUGAUAUUUUUAUAGAGUUUCUAAUUAACACAAAUUUAUGUAUUUUAAAUGGGGGGAACAAUAUCAGAAAUGAUUAUACUUCAGUAUCGACAAAUGGCUCAGCAGUUGUUGAUUACAUUUUAGUAAGUCAAGAUAAUCUACACCAAUUUCAAGACUUUGAAGUUUGUAGAACAACAGAAAUAAUAAAUGAUUUAGGUAUAAAUGUUGUAGCUGCGGCUAGUAUACCAGACCAUUCUAUGUUACUUUGUAAUCUGAAUAUAUUAUCUGAUAACAAUUCUGAAGUGUAUUUGUAUUCUGAUGAUGCUGAUUCAUACAAACAAUGUUCCUUUGAUAAAUUUGAUGUUAGCAAUGUACCAUCAGGUUUUUUGAAUGAUUCAGUUAUGUUAAAUAAUGUCACUGAUUUGAUAAAUACAUUGGAAUCUAAUGUUUCUAAUCAAGAAAAUGUUGACAGAGUGUAUCAGAAUUGGUGUGAACUGAUUAGAAUGGAUAUGUAUGAUAAGAUUCCUUUUAAAACCGUUGCUUUCGGUGUCAAAAAUAAGAAACGUAGACCCGGUAAGCCCUGGUGGUCUCAAAAAUUGACUGAUUUAUGGUCGGAUGUUUGUGUAAAGAAAAAAAUAUGGCUUAGCUGUAAAAGUAUUGCUAGUAAAAAGAAAUACAAAUCUGAUUAUGUACAAGCUCACAAAAUUUUUGAUAGAGAAGUGCAGAAAUCUAAGCGUUUUUACUGGUAUAAUAUGCAAAACGAACUUCUGUUAGAAUGUAAUGUUGAUAGUAACAAAUUUUGGAAGUCCAUUGGUAAGAUUGGUGUUUGUUAUACUAAGUCUAAAAAGAUUCCAUUGGAAGUUGUUCUCGAAGAUGGUUCUAUUUCUACUAAUGUACAAGAUGUUUUAUGUAAGUGGGAAAAUGAUUUUAAAUUAUUGUAUAACAAUCCUGAUACUGAUGAUGCUGUCCAAUUUGACAACGAGCACAGCCAUAAUAAUGCAUAUGUUAAUGCUUUCAAUGAUAAUAUUUCUAUCCUUGAAGUUAAAAAGGCGGUAGAUGAAGCAAAACGUGGUAAAGCAGUUGGUAUAGAUGGUAUCCCAAGUGAAGUUUUGAAAAAUGAUACUGCUAUUUUAUUUCUACAUGCACUUUUUAAUACUUGUUUUAGUAAUGGCACUGUACCAACGGUUUGGGGUAAAAGUAUUGUAAACCCAAUUCCAAAAUCUUCAGCUUCUGAUCCUAGGGAUCCUAUGUCUUAUAGAGGAAUAGCACUUGCGUCAGCAAUGUAUAAGUUAUAUUGUUAUGUUUUAAAUGAAAGGUUGAAUAAGUGGGUAGAACGCAAUGGAAUUUUGGUGGAUGAACAGAAUGGAUUUAGGAAAAAGCGUAGUACAAUAGACCAAGCUUCAUCUUUAUAUAAUGUAAUAGAUACCAGGAAAAAAUUAAAACAAUCAACUUUUGCAGCUUUUAUAGAUUUCCGAAAGGCCUACGACUUUAUAAAUAGAAGUAAAUUAUGGAAUAGAUUAUGUAAUACUGGUAUAAAUGGAAAAAUGUUAAGUGCUAUAAAAUCUCUAUACUCUACAGUUUCUGCUUCAAUCAGGGUAAAUUGUUUUUCUACCGAAUGGUUUGAUGUUAAAUCAGGCUUAAGACAAGGGUGUAUUUUAUCGCCUUUACUAUUUAAUUUGUACAUUAAUGAUCUUGCUGUUUUUCUUAAAUCUUUAGACAUAGGUGUAAAGAUUGGUGAUGAACUUUUAUGCAUUUUACUAUAUGCAGAUGACAUUGUAUUACUAGCAGAAAAUGCUGCUGAUCUGCAAAAGCUGUUGAAUGCGUUACGUGACUGGUGCAAUUUAAAUGAUAUGAACAUUAAUGUCUCUAAAAGUAAGAUCAUACAUUUUAGACCACCUAGUUGUUCAAGAACUAAUCAGGUUUUUACAUGUGGUAAUGAUACACUUGAAAUAGUUGAUAGAUAUACGUACCUUGGAUUAUUAAUGCAUGAACAUCUGGACUUAAACGUUAUGGUUAAAGCUGUAGCACAAAGUGCAAGCCGUGCUCUUGGACUUGUCAUAGCCAAAUGUAAAGUGAUGGGUGGGGUUCCAUAUGACGUAUUCACAAAGCUCUACGAUACUGUAGUGUGGCCAGUUAUUAGUUAUGGUUCGGCCAUUUGGGGGUACAGGUCAUUUUCUUGUAUUGAUGCUGUUCACAAUAGAGCCAUGCGGUUCUAUUUGGGAGUAGGGAGGUAUACUCCUAAUUUGGCUCUUGCGGGGGAGAUGGCCUGGACUCCUACAAUGGUCCGUCAAUGGAAAACUGUCGCGGGCUUUGUGUGUCGUCUGUGUAACACCGCAAUGACAAGAGUUAAUAAACGGAUUGCAGUCUGGGCUAGUUCUAAAGUUCGGUGCAAAAAUUGGUUUUACUAUGUGAAAAAGAAAUUCCAAGAGUGUAAUAUUACUUUCAAUAUAAUGAGUUAUGUGUGUAAGUCAAAUGUUGUUGGUAACAUUGAGAAAUGUAUUAUGGAAAAAUAUGUUCAAGAUUGGUUUAAUGGUAUUAAUAGAAUAACUAGUAAUAGUGGUAAAGGCAACAAUAAAUUAAGGACAUACUGUACAUUUAAAUCUGAAUUUAUUGUUGAAGAUUAUUGUAAAAUUAUUCUGCCAAGAAAACAUAUGUCUGCCUUAUGUAAAUUUCGAUGUGGUGUAGCACCAAUACGUAUAGAGAGUGGUAGAUAUGAAAAUUUACAAGUUGAAAAUAGAAUUUGCCCGUUCUGUCCUAAUAUUGUGGAAGAUGAAAAACAUGUUAUUUUGAAAUGUUCCUUGUAUAAUGAUUUAAGGGAGUCUCUUUUCAGUUAUGUUGUUAAAAACAAUGAAAAUUUCAAGAAUUUGCCAGAACAAGAACAACUGAAAUAUCUGUUUACAAACCCAUUGUUAGUAAGAUCUGUUGCCAAAACUUGUUGUAAAAUUCUAGACCGUCGUAAAUUGUACUUAUGUAAAUAAUUUUACAUAGAAUUUCAGUCUUUUUUCUACUAAAUUUGAUUAGUUUUAAUCUCUUUCUGAAUGAGGGUAAAUUGUUAUUUAGGAAGUUGGUAUUAACCAUGUUGCUCUAGAUCUGAUCUGAAGUAUUAUCCACUAUCUUAAAUACUUUGUUUAGUAUUCUUUUUACUUUAACUUUUUUAGUACAUCCUUUUAAACAUGAACCAGUGAACCAGGCAGGAUUAGUGCCAACUUCACAAAUCUAUCUUUUGUCUAUUAGUAUGGUUUUUAGUACCAACUAUGUCUAUUAGUAUGGUUUUUAGUACCAACUAUGUCUAUUAGUAUGGUUUUUAGUACCAACUGUUAUAAUAAAUACGUAUCAUUGGUAGAGUACGGUUUAUAUAAAUGGUGUUUUAAUAUUUUAUGGAAUGUGACUGUCACGUUUUUAUUAAAUAUGGAUUUGACUUCCACACUUAGUGUAGUAGUACACUCUGAGGUAAUUUUAUCUCAUCAGAUUCACACACACACACACACACACACACACACACACACACACACACACACACACAUACACACUUGUCUGUAUACUUUUUAAGUAAUGGAUAUACACUCACUAACACACGCAAGCACGCAUAAACAAUCACACACACACACACAAAAAAAAAGACACACACACACACACACACACACACACACACUUGUCUGUAUACUUUUUAAGUAAUGGAUAUACACUCACCAACACACGCAAGCACGCACAAACAAUCACACAAAAAAAAGCACACACAAGCACACAUGCAUUUACACACACGAGCACACUCAUGCUUAUACAUAUAAAUACAUUGUGUGUACUGUUUUAAGUCAUCUGGUGGAUUUUAAUGUUUGUAGUAUUGUUUUUUACCGUUUUAUAUGUCUCUUAUAAUUCUAAAAUUGAAUGGCCAUUUACAUAUGUUUUAAUGUUGUGUUGUAUAUUUGUAUAUACUUAUUGUUUGUAAAUGGAAGAGACUGAAAUAAAUAAAAUAAAAAUAAUAAUAAUACACUGACAAAGUUCGGACACAGAAAACUCGUGCUACCAUAUUAUAAUUUUCAACUGUGUGGAAUUAAUUCAGUACUGUAAAGGAGAAAGUAAUUAAAAUACGGAAUUCACUUUGCAAGAGUGCGUAUAUAAUAAAGAACAUGAAAACUUGUGAAUAAAAAGAAUUAAUAAAAUUAUACAAAAUUCUCUACUCAAAAUUAAUAUAAAAGUGGACUUAUGCAUACUCUGCCUCAGACUUUCGUAUUAGGGACAUGCGUGGCUAUUUCUAUUGGUAUAUUGUUUGUGACAUGACAAUUUCAAAUAGGUGGAAUUUAUUCAAUACAGCAAAACGCCAGUAGUCUAGAAGAUUCAUAUUUCAAAAUAUAUAGCCAACAAGCGGUAUGAAAAUAGAACUGUCAAAAUUAUAUAAUAUUCUCGAUAUUGUAGUGAACUGCCUUGGAGUUUCUUUUCAGGGAAAUAUAUGUUUUGUAACAUGAUAGUUUUCAACUAGGUUAAAUUAACCAGAAUGCUAAUACUAGUAAUAUAGGAAAAAAAAUUCAAGAAAUUUAAAUGACAAGGAAGCAUUGAAAAAAUAUAAUUAUUUAAAUGAUAUAAUAUCUUCUACAUAAUAUCAAAGUAGAAUACACAGUCUUAGAAUUUCAUUUUAUUGAUAUAUGCACUGUAUGUAUUCCUAUUAGGUGUGUAGCUUGUUGCAUGAUUACGUGUUUGUAUUUGUUUUAUAGAAGUUAAUAACCUACGAAUAUAUCAUGUAUCAUAUUUCCAAGAAAAACAUAACGAUUGAAACGUUACAUGAGAAAACCUGUAUUAGUGACAUGAUAAUGAUAAUUAUUGUAUAAUAUAAGUAGUUUGAAAUACUGGAAAAUCAUUGCUUUUCUUAUGUUCAUACAGAAAUUUGAAACAGGCAUGUUGUAAUAGAGCUCUCUAAGGCAAAUCGAAUUCUACCAUAUUUUACAAAAAAAUAUAACUUGUUGAUGUUGUCACGGCAACGAAAAUUCCACAACAACCAUGUAUCAGGAAAACAUAGAGGUGUAUAGAUAAAAAGCCUGUGAUGAAAUAAAAAAUGUACGGUUAAAUCAUUUUUCAUUAAAAUCAUUUUAACUGUUUUUAGAUAUUCAAAUGCGCGAUGCUUAGUAAGUGACACGCAGAAUUUGUUGCAUAAAUGACUUGAAAAAUACACGUCAUGCACGACGACUUCAUAUUUGUAUUUUUCAUGACGUUCUUAAUUUAAAUGCCUUUGAUGACUUAAUUAAAAGCAUUGUAACUUUUGAAACAGUGAAGAUAGCUAACUUGAAAGAAAAAGAAUGUUUUUCAUGAAUAUUUAGUAAUCUCAAUUUCGACUUUUUUGUCACUUUACAGGUUUUCUCAUGGAAUGGCCCGUAUAUAAACAAGAUGACGACCGAGUGAACGAAUGAUAUGACGUGAACAGACUUGUUCCGUUACGUUUAUUGCUCGGACAAAUUGUUGUAAAUAAAGUGUUAAAAACUAUAUACAAUUAAAGUUUAUAAAGAA